CCGACUGCGGCGCCCUGACCACUGUGACGAUCUUGUGUGUCUUGGGCAGGCUUGGUGGAAGAGCAGCGACUAUCAACUACUCCCCCUACAUCGACACUUCAGCCUCUCAUCAUGGCCACCCUAGCACCACCACAGCUUUCCGCCCCGGCGACAAAAACAUCUUGGGCUGAUGAAUUAGAUGAGGAUGAAUUGCCACCAUCGACAGAAAAGAUCGAUCCAGUGACGGGGAUCAAGACGAUCGUAGAAUACAAAUGGGAUGAGACUGGAGAGAAGAAGAUCAAGACGGUGCGCAAGAUCAAACGAACACUAGUGACCACACGGGUUUCACCGACCGUUGCGGCACGCAAAGGAUGGGCGAAAUUCGGCCUGGAGAAGGGCAAGAAAUCGGGCCCGGACCUGGCGACGACCACCUUAGGAGAAGCGAUCAAGUUGAAGAUCGCAGUGCCUGGACUGAUCAAAGAGCCGGUCGUCGAACAAACCACCAAAGCAACGAUCGUGCCCGGCGGCAAACGGAUCACUUGUCGACUCUGUCAAGGAGACCAUUUCACCGCAAGUUGUCCGUACAAGGAUACUCUCGGUGGCGUUUUGGGAGGCGAUGCUGCCGACCAAGACCAACAAGACGGCCCUGGAGCAUCGCAAGCUCAAACGAACAACGCCGCUGGUGGCGGGACGGGCAAGUAUGUGCCACCCUCCCAACGAGACGGAGCCAAACGAGGAGAAUCGAUGCAGAAAUCAAACAGAGACGACUUGCCCACGCUCCGUGUUACCAACCUGUCCGAGGACGUCCAGGAAAGCGAUCUGUGGGAUCUCUUUGGGAGAUUCGGCAGGAUUUCUAGGAUCUAUGUCGGUAAAGAUCAAGAGACCGGCUUGUGUAAAGGCUUUGCUUUCGUCAGCUUUGAGGAUCGAAUGGAGGCUGAACGGGCUAUGAAAAAGAUCAACGGUCUACCGUACGAUCAUCUGAUUUUGGGAUGCAUGUGGAGCUUACCUCGUGGCGAAAGAGAAGCAAAAUAAACAUGUACUAAAACAUCUCGGGAACUCCUCCCCCCAAUCAGUCCUUUCUAAAUGCCAAGAUUUUAUCGCUCUGUUUUCCGUCACAUAUUUACUAACCUACAGUACGUGGGCCCGAUCAAAAGUUACGAUGUUCUUUCUCUCGAUCGCAAUGUAGAAUUGCCACAAGCAAGCCUCUUUUCCAUUGGUUUCUUAUUUUGACCCUCCCCCCUGGUCGGCUUCAUCAGUUUUUGGACCCAAGCCGAUCUGAGUUAGAGACAACAAUAUUGGAUCCUCC